ACCACUUCCGGGGGAGCGGCCCGGCGGCGCGGGAGCCAUGGCAGGGCAUGAGGGGAGACAACCUGGCCCAGGGAGUCUGAGGGCAGCCGCCUCCCACCUGAGAUCUGAAGGACGACUAGGACUCCUGUGACUUCUGUACUCAGAAACUGAAGACCCAGAAACACUGGCAGGAGGGCUGGGAAGUCAAGCAGAGAAAAGUAGAAGUUGGCUCUGGAGAGUGGUGAAUCAGAGGAGACCACAGGCAGCAGGUGGCCUGGGCCAUGGCCUCCGACCUGGACUUCUCACCUCCUGAGGUGCCUGAGCCCACUUUCCUGGAGAACCUGCUACGGUACGGACUGUUCCUGGGGGCCAUCUUCCAGCUCAUCUGUGUGCUGGCCAUCAUCGUACCUGUUCCCAAGUCCCACGAGGCGGAGGCAGAGCCCUCUGAGCCCAGAAGUGCGGAGGUGACAAGGAAACCCAAGGCUGCUGUUCUUUCUGCCAGCAAAAGGCCCAAGAAGGAGGCCAAGAAGAAGCGGUAGAAGAGGAGGCCUGCAGAGCCACUGGUAGGGCAGGGGCCUUUGGGGCCAGCCCUCCUGGGACUCAAUGUCCUGUUCCCUCAGUCCCAGGGUCAGGGCUGAAGUGGCUGGGCCGCUCUCUGAGCACAGAGAUUUGGACAAUCGUGACAGUCCCCAGGUCCCAGCCGGGCAGCCCACCACUUCCUCUUCCUUCUGCUUCCGUGACAGUGUAGAGCUAAGGGGACUAGAACACCCUGUGAGCAGAGGCUGUGUAAGCAGUCUGUUUGUUCAGCGUUGGGUCAGCUCCAUACUUAAUCACUGUGCCCAGCCUUCAGCCCCCCACUUGUGGAUUCACGCUGCAUUUCAGAGUCGUGAUCUCAUGCCGACAAGCACCACCCUCCCCCCGUGACGCAGGCGCCACAGAUCUGCUCGUCAGCCACCUUCGUCCCUGCUGUACAGAUGGAGCCAGGCCAGCCCUGCCCUGUGUGUUCAGGUCCAGAUGCCAUGGCCGCUGUGAUGUAGGCGGUCCCUUCAGCGCAACAGCUGGGUCCGAAGCUGGCGGGGGAACCCACGGGAAAGCUGGCCAGGGUGGUGCCUGGUUCUCCUCUGGCAGAUGGAAGGGAUUUGGCUGUAUGAGUACAUGUGCUUGGGCCCAAAGUCUCUUAGCCUCUGAAAUGGGGGCCUUGUCCAUCUCAGACCAACCCCUUUUCAGCCCACCUUGGCGCAUUCAGUAUGUGCCUUUUGGCUUCCAUCUGUAUACCUCCCCUCCCCCAGUUCUUUCAACCCCAGAACAGUGAGGAAAAGUCAUCUGGGCAAGUAAACAUCAAUAAACUGCCUCAUAUGCUGAA